CACGUACUACGUCCACCAGCGGAUCGCAUGGAGCGCAUCGCUCUCCCCCUCCCCUCCAAAUAAGCUCGUCCUGUCCAGCGCUCUCACAAUCCAUUUUUGCUCCGUGCGUCCGUCACUAGCGCUCGGAAGAGGAGUGGUUGCGCCCUCGCCCAACGGCUCGCCCGGCCCUGUGCCGCUUGUUGGCUUGCGCCCUUGUGCGGGGUGGAGUGGUUGGCUGCUGGUUUUGUGCCCAUCGCCAUUGCCGGCCGGCGCUGGGGGGCGGGCGGACGCACCCACGCGCGAGUGACGUGACACCACUGCGCGUCGCCUUGUUAUAUCCACCCCGCACCGCACUGAUCCGAUCCUCCUCGGCGGCAGCGAGCGCGGUCGGGUAAGGGAAAUUUCGUGCGUGCGUGCGUGCGUGCGUGCGUGCGUUCGGCCGGCCAUGGACGCGCCCUUCUUCCACGAGCUCCGGCGGCAGGCCUCGUCCUACCUCACCGGCAAGAUCCGCUCCGCGCGGCUCGCGCUCACCGACGUCACCCCGACGCAGCUGAUGACUGAGGAGGCGACGAACGGCGACGCGUCGCCGCCGAACGCCAAGACGAUGAGCCUCAUCGCGCGGGAGGCGUUCGAGAUCGACGAGUACCUCAGGAUCUCCGACAUCCUCCACACCAGGCUGGCGACGUUCGACAGGAGGCAGUGGCGGGAGCCGUACAAGGCGCUGCUGCUGCUGGAGCACCUCCUGACGCACGGCCCCCGCAGCGUGGCCCUGGAGUUCCAGAAGGACCGGGCCGUCAUCCAGCAGAUGGCCACCUUCCAGCACAUCGACGAGAGAGGUUUCAACUGGGGCCUGACGGUGAAGGGCAAGUCGGAGCGGGUGCUAAAGCUGCUGGAGCGGGGGCCGUUCCUGGAGGAGGAGCGCGAGCGGGCGCGCAAGGUGGCGCGCGAGAUCAAGGGCUUCGGCAGCUUCAACCUCAGCAGCAGCGGCGGCUCGCGCGCGGCGCCGCCGGUGUACUCGCGCAGCCACUCGCGGUACGAGGACCGGCCGUGGAAGGAGGAGGACGGCGAGGAGGAGGACAAGGAGAACCUGGUGUCCCGGCCCGACCCGAGGAGCGUGCGCGAGGAGGUGGCGGAGGAGCUGCACCACCGCCACCCGUUCCACGGCUUCGGGCAGCAGCGGCAGCCGGAGGCGAUGCUGCUGCUCAGCCAGUGAUUGGGAACUUGGAGAGGGAUGAGCGCCGUCGCCUCCCCCCACUACUGUACUGUACUGUACUGUACUGUACUGUAUGUCGGUGUCAGCGUGUGAUCUGGAUCUGAAGAAGAAAAGCGUGUGGUGCGAGGUCAGUGGUUUGCUGACGUUGCUGAAUGCUUAGGCAGCAGCUCUUUUCUUCCUCUCUCGUGUCGUACUUGUACAUUCUCUCGAUCCCACGUUCCUUGAGCAACUUCUGAACCGUGUUCAAACUGUCGCCGUCUGAACUGUGUUCCUAUGGUCUGAAUUUGAUACUAGUACAUGAAUGAACACGGAACAACAACUUCUGAACCCA